ACUCUUCUUUUCUUUCAAAAGGUUUGGAACAAAGAUGUGAGGUUCUACUGUGUCAAAGAGUCUUCAGGUAGUCCAAUUGCCUAUUUUUAUUUUGAUCCAUUCUCUCGCCCAUCAGAGAAAAGGGAAGGUGCAUGGAUGGAUGAGGUUGUUUCUCGAAGUCGUGUAAUGUCACGGAAUGGGACCACAUCUAGGUUGCCUAUUGCCCACAUGGUAUGCAAUCAAACACCACCAUUUGGGGACAAGCCAAGCCUCAUGACAUUCCGUGAAGUUGAGACUGUCUUCCAUGAAUUUGGUCAUGCACUUCAGCAUAUGCUGACCAAGCAAGAUGAGGGUCUAGUAGCUGGCAUUCGGGGAAUUGAAUGGGAUGCUGUUGAGUUGCCCUCUCAGUUCAUGGAAAAUUGGUGUUACCACAGGGAUACAUUGAUGAGCAUUGCAAAGCAUUAUGAAACAGGGGAGAGUCUCCCCGAAGAAGUUUAUUUGAAGCUCCUUGCUGCAAGGACUUUCCGUGCUGGUUCUCUAAGUCUUCGUCAGCUUCGAUUUGCUAGCGUGGAUUUAGAACUACAUACAAAAUACAUCUCAGAUGGGUCAGAAUCUGUUUUUGAUGUUGAUCAGAGAGUUUCCAGAAAAACACAAGUGAUCCCUCCAUUGCCAGAAGAUAGGUUUCUGUGCAGUUUCAACCAUAUAUUUGCUGGUGGAUAUGCUGCUGGAUACUAUAGUUACAAGUGGGCGGAAGUAUUGUCUGCAGAUGCUUUCUCAGCAUUUGAGGAUGCUGGACUGGAUGACAUUAAGGCCGUUCAAGAGACUGGCCAUAAGUUUCGAGAGACCAUACUUGCUCUUGGAGGUGGAAAAGCACCAUUGGAGGUGUUUGUUGGGUUCCGUGGACGAGAACCGUCACCAGAGGCGUUGCUGAGGCACAAUGGAUUGUUACAAGUAACAGCCUGAGGCACAAGACAAUGGUUUUACCAAAGAGGCAUGCAAUGCAAAUAGACUUUACUAGAAUAAAUUAGCUUUGGAUUUUUCUCAUUGGUUCCAUUAUAUGCUUGCUUAUGCUUCUGGCUGUUUUUCGUAACUUGUGGUACUUGGAUUGUCCAACACAUUGAAACAUGAACCAUAUUUGC